GUAAGUAAAUCAAAUAUUACAAUUAUAUUUUAGAAAAUGCAAAUUUAUAAUUAUUUAUUAUGUACUUACACGUGCAUCAGGGGACAUAACCUCUUCAUUGUAUGUCGUUCUCUUGCCCGUACUACAUUCACCAACACCAACUCGUCUUUUCUUUCGAGAAUAGUCUGUCGAUAGAGGAAGGUCGCCAGUCCUUUUCAAAUGUUCUUUAUAAGGGCCUCGUUUCAUUAUUCUCAAUACUUCGUUUCAAAACCAUCGAUGUAAUGUAUACAAAAACAUAGAGCCACGUGAUAACGAGGUGAUAUGCAAACUGUUGCGCGUUGAGCAUGCGUUGUGGAACGCAUGCGUACGCGCAUAAGGAUAACGCGGUAAACCAGAAAGAAUCAUACUCGCGAUACGAUCGUGCUAACAAGGAAUUCGGAGGAAUUUGGAAAGUAUAGAUAAUUAUAGUAUUUAUCGGAUAAUGGAGGUGAAUGACACAGAGGAGUUGAACGAUGAAAAGUGUAUUCUCGUAGAGUUUCCUAACGAGAACGGAAAUAUAGCCGUUGGAUAUUUCGCAUGGCUAACAACAGUGAAAGAAGAAGAACGUGUAAAUGCACUUAUAAAAAGCGGUGAACAUGUAGUUAUUCGUUGGCCGGCGAAUUGCAUCGUUGGUCCACUGAAUGCAAAAAUGAAGAAAAAAUUUCUUAAUUGCAAGUGGACUCCGCACAUCGUGUCCAUUUUAGGAUUUGGAGAUUGGACAAGCAUGAACACGCAGCUUAAAAAUUAUCUUAAAUAUGAUGAGCCAAAUCCAACGAAGGAAGAUAGGAAGAAGUAUGCUGCUAAGAAGAAAGGCAGCAGUAGUAGUGAAGAGGAUGAUAAAAAGAAAGAAUUAAAGGAUACAAAUAAACGUCGAACCAGUGCUGCAAAAAAAGUGGCGGGAAAUAUACUGGAAAAAAUUAAAAAAAAGGAUCAAUCACAAUCAGAGGCACAAAGUGUGACUCGUGCAGAUUCGGAUUCGACUUCGUCAUCAGAUGAUGAUUGUGCAAUAUCAAUGAGAACUCUAUCAACAUCACAUAACAAUAAAAUAAAAUUUACAGAAGAAACGGUAUCUUUGAGAAAGAAAAAUAGAGCGUUGGAAGCCGAAAAUUUAAAAUUAAAAGAAGAAAAUAAAGAAAUAAAAAUAGCUAGCGCAAAAGAUUUAAAAGACAUAAAAGACAUGACGACGACAAUUUUAAGACUUUUAAAAGUUAAUGAACGGGAAACAAAAAAACAGAAUGUAGACAAUUUACAUAAAGAGAGAGCCGAAGAUAAUGCCCAAAAAAUUGUCUUUGACGGCUUCAUAGAUUCAUUUGAUCCGCCAAUAAAUGAAGACUCAUUGAACGAUGAUUACGCAGUUUUUAGAGUACCUUAUAAAAAUAAAACGAUUGUUCCACAGGAUGACAAUGAAAUAAAAAAUCGUGUACUUAAAACCGUUGAAACAAAACGUGACGAGAAACGACAACUGAUGACAAUCAGUAGUAAUGAGAACAAAUUAAAGGUUAAUAAUAUAUUCAUAAUAUUUUACUCAAUAAAUUAG